UCACUGGGGAGAGAGAGGAGGGGGGCCCUGCCUCUAAAAUGAGUCUCUCUGGGGAGAGAGAGGAGGGGGCCCCUGCCUCUAAAAUGCAUCUCUCUGGGGGACAUGACACCAAAGCUAAGAGACCAAUCCAGCAGGAGAGACCAGCCUCCCCUGUUCCCAGCUGUGUGUCCAUGAAGAGUGACCAGUCUAUGAAUCUACCUAUAAAGUUUAGAGAGGGAGACUUUUCUACUGAACAAAGAUACCAACAGGAGAGAUCAGAGUCAGAGAUUCUCAGUGGUCAGUCUUCCCAGAGUCAUCAAACCGACCUGGGCUCCAUAUUCAGUUUGCUUGAAGAGAAAAUCAUGACAUUUGUGAAGAACGAGCUGAAGAUGUUCAAGAGGAUUCUUAGUCCAGAACUCCCAGAAGGCUUUGAGAGUCAGAAGCAGGAUAAGGAAGUGGUGGAUGCUGAAGAUGAGAAGCAGGAGAGCAGUGCCAGAGAGGGGGCUCUGAAGAUCACACUUCACAUCCUGAGGAAAAUGAACCAGAAGGAGCUUGCUGACACACUGGAGAAAUAUUCAGAUGAUCUUGCUGUGAUUUGCCAACGUGAACUCAAAUCUAAUCUCAAGAAGAAGUUUCAAUGUGUAUUUGAGGGGAUCGCUAAACAAGGAAACCCAAAACUUCUCAAUAAGAUCUACACAGAGCUCUACAUCACAGAGGGUGGAACAGGAGAGGUCAAUAAUGAACAUGAGCUGAGACAGAUUGAGACAACAACCAGGAAACAAGCAAGACCAGAGACUGCAAUCAAAUGUAACGACAUCUUCAAACCCUUAACUGGACAAGACAAACGUAUCAGAACUGUGCUGACAAAGGGAGUCGCUGGCAUUGGAAAAACAGUCUCUGUGCAGAAGUUCAUUCUGGACUGGGCUGAAGGAAAAGCAAAUCAGGAUGUCCAAUUUGUAUUUUCAUUCCCUUUCCGGGAGCUGAAUUUGAUGAAAGAGGACAAACACACUUUCAUUGAACUUCUUAAUCACUUCUCAAUGGAAACCAAACAAUCAGGAAUCUCCAUCAACAACAAGUACAAAGUUCUGUUCAUCUUUGAUGGUCUGGAUGAGUGCCGACUGCCCCUAGACUUCCAGAAGAACAAGAUCUGUUGGGACGUCACAGAGUCAACCUCAGUGGAUGUUCUGCUUACAAAUCUCAUCAAGGGAAAUCUGCUUCCCUCUGCUCUCCUCUGGAUAACUACCCGACCUGCAGCAGCCAAUAAGAUCCCUUCAGGGUGUGUUGACCAGGUGACAGAGGUACGAGGGUUCAAUGACCCACAGAAGGAGGAGUACUUCAGGAAGAGAUUCAGUGAUGAGGACCUGGCCAGCAGAAUCAUCUCACACAUAAAGACAUCAAGGAGCCUCCACAUCAUGUGCCACAUUCCAGUCUUCUGUUGGAUUUCUGCAACAGUCCUUGAACACAUGCUGAAACAUAAGAGAGAAGAGAUGCCCAAGACACUGACUGAGAUGUACACACACCUUGUGGUGUUUCAUACCAAACAGAAGAAUGAAAAGUAUCUUGGGAAAGAAGAGACAGGUCCACACUGGAAUAAAGAGAGCAUUCUGUCACUGGGAAAACUGGCUUUUCAACAGCUUGUGAAGGGCAAUCUGAUUUUCUAUGAAGAAGACCUGAAAGAGUCAGGCAUUGAUGUCAAUGAAGCCUCAGUGUACUCAGGAUUGUGCACACAGCUCUUUAAAGAGGAAUGUGGGCUGUACCAGGACAAGGUGUACUGCUUUGUUCAUCUGAGCAUUCAGGAGUUUCUGGCUGCUGUAUAUGUGUUCCUCUCAUUCAUCAACAACAAAGAGAAUCUAAUGGACAAACUGCAAACAAAAGACGAGCCUGAAGUUGCUUUCUACAAGAGUGCUGUGGAUAAAGCCUUACAAAGUGAGACGGGAAACCUGGACCUUUUCCUCCGCUUCCUGCUGGGCCUCUCACUGGAGUCCAAUCAGAAGUACUUACGAGGUCUACUGACAAAGACAAGAAGCAGGUCAAAGAGCCAUGAAGAAACAGUCAAGUACAUCAAGAAGAAGAUCAGGGAGAAUCCCUCUCCAGAGAGGAGCAUCAAUCUGUUCCACUGUCUGAAUGAACUGAAUGACCAUUCUCUAGUGGAGGAGAUCCAAAGCUACCUGAGCUCAGGAAGUCUCUCAGAAGAUGAACUGUCACCUGGACAGUGGUCAGCUCUGGUCUUUGUGUUGCUGACUUCAGAAAAGGAGCUGGAUGUGUUUGACCUGAAGAAAUACUCCAGAUCAGAGGAAGGUCUUCUAAGGCUGCUGCCAGUGGUCAAAGCCUCCAGAGCUGUUCUGCUGUCAGGCUGUGGAGUCACAGAGGAAGGCUGUGCUUCUCUGGUCUCAGCUCUGGAGUCAAACCCCUCACACCUGAGAGAGCUGGACCUGAGUAUCAACGACCUGAAGGAUUCAGGAGUGGAGCUGCUCUCUGCUGGACUGGGGAAUCCCCACUGUAAACUGGUGACUCUGAGGCUGUCAGGCUGUCUAGUCACAGAGGAAGGCUGUGCUUCUCUGGUCUCAGCUCUGAGGACAAACCCCUCACACCUGAGAGAGCUGGACCUGAGUAACAAUGACCUGAAGGAUUCAGGAGUGGAGCUGCUCUCUGCUGGACUGGGGAAUCCCCACUGUAAACUGGAGACUCUGAGGCUGUCAGGCUGUCUAGUUACAGAGGAAGGCUGUGCUUCUCUGGUCUCAGCUCUGGAGACAAACCCCUCACACCUGAGAGAGCUGGACCUGAGUAACAAUGACCUGAAGGAUUCAGGAGUGAAGCUGCUCUCUGCUGGACUGGGGAAUCCCCACUGUAAACUGGAGACUCUGAGGCUGUCAGGCUGUCUAGUCACAGAGGAAGGCUGUGCUUAUCUGGUCUCAGCUCUGAAGUCAAACCCCUCACACCUGAGAGAGCUGGACCUGAGUAACAAUGACCUGAAGGAUUCAGGAGUGGAGCUGCUCUCUGCUGGACUGGGGAAUCCCCACUGUAAACUGGAGACUCUGAGGCUGUCAGGCUGUCUAGUCACAGAGGAAGGCUGUGCUUCUCUGGUCUCAGCUCUGAGGUCAAACCCCUCACACCUGAGAGAGCUGGAUCUGAGUAACAAUGACCUGAAGGAUUCAGGAGUGAAGCUGCUCUCUGCUGGACUGGGGA